GAUCGUUUUCAGUAUUUUUAAAUAAACCAUAAGCAAUGGAUCGCUGGCAGCAGAAAAUCGCCGUUGUUACUGGAGCCAGUUCUGGCAUAGGCUGGGCCAUAACCCAAGAACUUUUAAACUCAAAUAUGAUAGUCCUAGGUCUAUCGUUGAGUUUAAAAACUGAGCAGGAUAUAACAAAUGAACUAAGCCACCAACAAAGUUUAAAUUUUUUUCAAAAACAAUGUGAUUUGUCAAAGCUGGAGUCUUUAAAGUCAGCCUUUCAAUGGAUUGCUGAAAUAGCAAACAACAAAAUCCAUGUUUUAGUCAACAAUGCUGGUAUGUGUGAAUUUUCCCGGCUGCUAGAUGAGGACAAUGAAGAGUCUCUUAGGCGCAUGAUUGAUGUAAAUCUAAUGGCCGCGGUAUAUUGUACCAAGGAGGGCUAUAAAUUAAUGAAAAAUUCUAUGGCUCUAGACGAGGAGUGUCAUGUUAUUAAUAUUUGCAGUCUUCUGGGCCACCACAUAAUGCCUCAUAUACCCCAGUGUGGUUUUAAUUUAUAUCCGGUAGCUAAGCAUGCUUUAAGGGCCACCAAUGAGGUUUUGAGAAGGGAAUUAUCGGAAGAUAAAUUAGUGCGUUUGUCGUCUCUUAGUCCCGGCAUUACGGCUACCAGAUUUGGCUCUUAUUUAGACAAACCCUCACACUUGACAGAUUUACCCGAUUUUCCGAAUCUAUUGCAGCCGCAAGAUAUAUCCAGGGCAGUGAAAUUUAUUUUGGAGUCUCCUUUGCAUGUGACAAUAGCGGAAAUGUUGAUAGUGCCCACUUCAGAGAAAUAUUAGAGUUAGAGGAAAUAAAUAAAUUUAAGAAAUUGA